GACAAUUUAAAGAAUUAAAAACACCGUUAAGGAACGUUUUGUUUUUGUCUGCUUGAUUCGAAGGUUCUUCCGCCGCCGACCGGUUUGAUUCGCAUAAAUUUUUAAAGUCACCCAGUGAUGGUGAGCGUUAGUGUACGGCUGGUGAUCGGUCUCACUGUUUUGCAGACUGCCGUACCACAGUGUGAGGUUGUGAGCACAAAUCCUGCAGAAUGUGGAAUGCGCAAUUCAUCCGAUGGUUGGCCAUUUCAUGUUGGGCUGUAUCGGACGGAGCAUAACGAAAGUCUUUACUUUUGUGGCGGUACGAUCGUAACUAGCUCACUGGUGAUCGUUUCGGCGCACUGUGUAAAACCUUAUCGGAGUGAGAUCCUUACGGUGCACUAUGGUGUUAGUGAUUUAACCCAGCGGGAUCAUACCCAUUGGUGCCGUGUGGAAACUGUUAUCAUUCAUCCCGAUUAUCGGGCGCCUGCUUUUAGUGACGAUAUAGCUUUACUGCAGUUGAAGGAUGUAAUUCCAUUUGGGACACUAGCGCGUCCGAUCUGUCUUUGGCCGGAACAGGUUCAGGAAACGGAAUCACAAGGAGGAGACGAUCUUACGGGUACACGUGGUACCAGCGUAGGGUGGGGCAUUGGAGCACACAAUGUUUACACGAGUGUGUUGCAAAGCGCCAUCACGGUAGUGCUACGACAAAGCCGCUGCAUGGAAGUGUUCACUGAAAAGUUGUUCGAAUAUAAUGAUUUCUUUUGUGCUGGUAAGUGGUCAAGGAUAACGCCUGUGUGCAGUGGUAGCGGCGGUAGCGGGUUCUACGUUGAGCAUAAGGAUCGUUUCUAUCUGCGUGGGAUGACAACGUUUGGCAUUGCACCGAAGGGUUACUAUCAGUGUGGAGUUAACACGUUGACGGGGUUGCUUAAUGUGGUCAAGUAUACCGGUUGGAUACGGGAUCGCAUACAGGAGCUUGAGCCUCAACAGACAACAAUGGCGAAAAGUAAGAUUUCAGAUACAUCCGAAAAUGAAAAUCAAAACCCCGAUCCUACUACCACCUGACAAUGCCACGCACAGUGAUUAUAAUGGGUAGAAAGAAAAACGAUGGAAAAGGAGAAAAUAUAUUCAAACUAUAGAAUUUUCCAGACGUGUCAUGUACAUUAUUACCACGUACGUUUACCGUGCACACAAGCGCAUUUGGUGGGCUUUAUCUAACUUUAAUGAUCGUAUCCCAUUUCGUGCAGUGUUCGUGCAUAUGAGUAUGAGGUGGAGAGGUGAUUUAUUAGCAUAAUUUACCGUUCAUAAACAUGCCUAUUGUUAGCUGCAAAAUAAUAACAUGUUUUCAUCGCUCAUUUGCAGACCAUUUGAUACAACAUCAAAGAAGCUGACGGAGAUCGAAAACGGUUCGAGGGGAUUUUUUUUGUUGGUUUCAGUUCUAUGAUUAUCACAUUACCAUCAAUUUAGUAACAUACGUUUGAUGGUCAAAUUGCAUUACAUGGUCGGAAAGAUCGACAAGAUUGAGUCUAUAUUUUUGAGUUUCAAAAAUGACUUUAACA